AUGGCAAGAUUCGGCUCGUAUGCCAAGAAUAAAGCGGACGAGAACCAGAAAGACCCGCUGGCUACGGUUGAAAAGAGUACGCAGGAACAACGGAAAGCGGACUGGGCAAUAAUGAAGGAGAUGGCGCAUUACCUAUGGCCAAAGAAAGGCUUGGACACCAAGCUACGUGUGUCUUUGGCUGUCGUCUUACUGGUGGGAGCCAAGGUGCUGAAUGUGCAGGUCCCGUUCUACUUCAAGAGUAUCGUCGAUUCUAUGAACAUCGACGUGGGUGCAACCGGUGGCAAUGUUGCCAUGAUCGCUGGGAGCAUGAUAUUGGCAUAUGGUGCAACGAGGAUUGGAGCUACCAUUUUCCAAGAACUCCGUAACGCCGUAUUUGCCUCUGUCGCGCAAAAGGCCAUCAGGAGGGUUGCUUGCAAUGUCUUCGACCAUCUUCUUCGGCUCGAUCUGAACUUCCACCUCACUAAGCAGACUGGUGGCCUUACGCGCGCCAUUGACCGAGGAACCAAGGGUAUUAGCUUCCUGCUUACCAGCAUGGUCUUCCAUAUUGUCCCGACCGCGCUAGAGAUUGGCAUGGUGUGUGGUAUCUUGACCUGGCAGUAUGGUGUGAACUUUGCGGGCAUCACCUUACUAACCAUGGGCGCUUACACGGCGUUUACAAUUUGGACCACAGCUUGGAGGACCAAGUUCCGGCGUCAAGCCAAUGCUGCUGAUAACAAGGGCUCUACGGUCGCGGUCGACUCGCUCAUCAACUACGAAGCCGUCAAAUAUUUCAACAAUGAGAAAUUCGAGGUCACUCGCUAUGAUAAGGCCCUCAAAGACUACGAGAAGAGUUCUAUCAAGGUCCAAACAUCGUUGGCGCUUCUGAACAGUGGCCAGAGCAUCAUAUUCUCUAGCGCAUUGACAGCUAUGAUGUACCUGGCGGCGAACGGUGUCGCGAGUGGCUCAUUGACCGUUGGCGACUUGGUCAUGGUUAACCAGCUGGUUUUCCAGCUGUCCGUUCCCCUCAACUUUCUGGGAUCAGUCUAUCGUGAACUCAGGCAAUCCCUUCUGGACAUGGAGACACUCUUCAACCUACAGAAAGUCAACGUUUCCAUCAAAGAAGCUCCAGACGCCAAAGCGCUCCAGCUCUCACACGGCGGGCAGAUCAUAUUCGACAACGUUUCAUUCGCCUACAACAAAAACCGUCCCAUCUUGCGCAACCUCACCAUGACCAUCCCCGCGGGCAAGAAAGUUGCUAUAGUGGGCCCAAGUGGCUGCGGGAAGUCGACGCUUUUGAGACUCCUCUUCCGAUUUUAUGAUGCCGAUACAGGUCGCAUAUUCAUUGACGACCAGGAUGUUCGGCAGGUCACACUGGAAUCGCUACGGAAAUCUAUAGGGGUCGUCCCCCAAGAUACUCCCCUCUUCAACGACACCGUUGGACAUAACAUCAGAUAUGGCGAUCUGGAGGCAUCAGAAUCACAGGUAGUCGCGGCAGCCCAACGUGCUCGAAUACAUGAUAUCAUCUCGAGCUGGCCAGCAGGCUACGCCACUAAGGUUGGCGAGAGAGGCAUGAUGAUCAGUGGUGGGGAGAAACAGCGUCUUGCUGUUUCCCGUCUUCUUCUCAAGGACCCACCGCUCCUCUUCUUCGACGAGGCAACGAGUGCGCUGGAUACGCACACUGAGCAGGCCCUCAUGCAAAACAUCAAUAGCAUCCUUCGAGAAAAGUCGAGAACCAGUGUUUUCGUGGCUCACCGAUUACGUACAAUUUACGAUGCAGACCUCAUUAUCGUACUGAAAGAAGGAAGCGUCGCGGAGCAGGGCACACACAAGGAGCUUAUUGACCGUGGAGGGCUUUACUCGGAACUUUGGAGUACCCAGGAGACGCUAUUCAGCUCUGAUGGUUCGGAAAAGGAGGUGGUGACGACGGACGACCUCGCGCCUAAAGAAUAG